GUUUGUAUUUAUUAUGGGAACUUCGAUUUUUCUAUCAAUGACUUCUAUACUGCAGCAGGGAUGUUCAAAAUUCAAAUUGCUGGGGAAAAUUGCAUGGAGGAGUUUCCUGUUAAUCUGUAUAGGAGUUGUUAUUGUGAACCCCAAUUAUUGCCUUGGUCCAUUGUCUUGGGAUAAGGUGCGAAUUCCUGGUGUUUUGCAGCGGUUGGGGGUGACUUACUUUGUUGUUGCUGCAUUGGAGCUUCUCUUUUCUAACCCUGUGCCUGAAAAUUGCACAUUGGAGAGAAGCUGCCCUUCUUUUCAAGACAUCACUUCCAGCUGGCCCCAGUGGCUCUUCAUUCUGAUGCUGGAAAGUGUUUGGCUGGUCUUAACCUUCUUAUUACCCAUUCCUGGGUGCCCUACUGGGUAUCUUGGUCCUGGCAUUGGAGACUUGGGGAAAUAUCCAAAUUGUACUGGAGGAGCUGCUGGCUACAUUGACCGCUUGCUUCUGGGAGAUGACCACCUUUACCAACAUCCAUCUUCCACUGUGCUAUAUCACACUGAGGUGGCAUACGAUCCAGAAGGAAUCUUAGGGACAAUCAACUCCAUUGUGAUGGCAUUUUUAGGAGUUCAGGCAGGAAAAAUACUACUGUAUUACAAGGAUCAAACCAAAGUCAUCCUCAUUAGAUUUGCUGCCUGGUGUUGUAUUCUAGGUCUCAUUUCUAUUGCUUUGACGAAAGUUUCUACAAAUGAAGGCUUUAUUCCAAUAAAUAAAAAUCUCUGGUCCAUUUCCUAUGUCACCACGCUGAGCUCAUUUGCCUUCCUCAUACUGCUGGUUCUCUACCCAGUUGUCGAUGUGAAGAGACUGUGGACAGGAGCUCCGUUUUUUUACCCAGGAAUGAAUUCUAUUCUGGUGUAUGUUGGCCACGAGGUGUUUGAGAACUACUUUCCCUUUCAGUGGAAGCUGGAGGAUAACCAGUCACACAAAGAGCAUCUGACUCAGAACAUUGUUGCCACUGCUCUCUGGGUGCUCAUUGCCUACAUUCUUUACAGAAAGAAGAUCUUUUGGAAAAUCUGAUAGUGCCUGCUGAAAUGUAUUGCUGGAAGGCUAGUGGGUCUGGGGGAAGUUAUUGAAACAAUCUUUAAGGGAAUCAUCAAUUAUAAAGUUGGUAGGAUACAUAUUUCCAGAUUUGGGGGAAAUAUUGAGGUCCUCAAGCUGGUUUAUUGUGGCACAGGCUCAGAAAUCCGCCUGUAUAUUUCUGACUUAAAAAUUUGAAAUGUUACAGUCUUCUUUUUUUUUUUCUGCAUCUUGUAUGAAAUGGAUGUAUUUAGAACUUCAUUGUAUGGAAAUCUUUAAUUUUCCAAAAGGGAUGUACCAUGGGUACUUUGCUUCUGUGAUGGAUAAAACAGUCUGAAGUCUGUGGGUUGGGAUGUGGCUCAGUAGUAGAGCACUUGCUUAGCAUGCAUAAUGCCUUGGGUUUAAUCCCUAGCACCACAAAACCAUAUAAACAUUCCCACCCUGGCAACAACAACAAUAACAAUAAAAAUAAGGCCUGAUUCUUACUGAUACUAUUUCCUGCAAACUACCUUUCCAUGCCAACAAAAAGUGCCAUAAUUUCUGUUGUGGCAGAAUAUAAAGCUUAUUGACUAGAAUGUAUCAUAAUAUUAUUAAUUUUUUUGACUAAGUGAAAUUUAGUGUUUUAAGAAAGCCAAAGUCAUUUUCUCUUAAGGUUUGUAAGGCUCUGGAUGAGUCCAAAAAAUAUCUAUUUUCUCCUUUUUCCCCAACUUAAAAAGUUAAAGUAUAGACAUAUUAUUGCCAACCACUCUUACUUAUAGUUAUCUACCUACUUAUCUGUCUGUCUAUCUAGGUAUCUAUCUAUCAUCAAUCAUUUGUCUUUAUAUUUCUCUUCCUGUCCAUGUAUCUAGCCAGUAGCUAGGUAAGCUGGGAAAUAGCUACGAAAGAAAGAAGAGUACUCUGUUCUUGCCAUGGGUCCAUUUGUGCCAUCCCUCUUGUGUACGAUGCUGGGCAAAUCCCGUGACCUAUUAGGGCUUUGUUUUCCUCAUCUGAGAAAGAAGAGAGAUGUUGAUGGCCUCCUAGAUCUCUUCCUAGGUCCCUUCUGACUCUUAGGUGUACUGAGGAAAGGUAUGUCAGUAUCUGUUCUGAAUCUCAGCAAAACAAUUUUAUUACAAAAAAAACUCCUCAAAAGGAAUGAUAAAAACUUUAAAAAAUCUUAUUGAAGCAAAUUUUUCAUAAUGGCCUUCCACAAAUUUUUUCAUAAUGGCCUUCCACAAUAGAGGCACCUUUUAUGCUCAUAAUCAUAAAACUGAAGAGGCAGUUUCUUAGGAAUGAAGGUAGAGAUAUAGCACUUUUCGUAUGAUGUAUCAUACCUAGGAAUUUUCUAUGAGAAUUGCAUGUUUAAGAAAAAUCAUGAUAUACUUUAGACCUCUCUUCUGUGGUGGAGCCAUCUCCACUAUUCCAUUGCUUCAACUAUUGCCAUUUUCUGGAUGGUUUUCCAGUCUGUUUCCUGCUCUGGCCACUGCCCUGGUGAACAACAACUUGUACCUGCCUUCUGGGUCCUCAUGCCCCUAGCCCCAGGUGUCUUUGAGCAUCUUAAGCUUACCUUUUCCUUCCUCUCUCUAUACAAAUGCAAACUUUGCCUCUUCAAAUUUUUCUGGCUCUGUGACUGGAUCAUUCUGUCCCUAUAUAUAAAACUGCCAUCAUCUUUUCAUCUAUCUUAUCUUCACUUCUUUUUUCAUAGUUUGUCAUUUCUAAUUAUUCUCAAUUCUGUCUCCAUCUACACCUGUAACUGCUUCAUUCUCAUUGUCACUUUUUCAUUCUCUUGUCAUCUUUUCCAAACUGGCCUCAUUCCCUCAGUCUCUCCUGUAGUCGCCUUCCAUUGUCACCAGGUUAAGCUUUACAAAACUCGUCAGAUCAUUAUUUCCAUUAUAAUAGAAAUAUUUUUGCCUGGCACACAACCACUUUCAAUCAAUCCCAGCAUGCCUUUCCAGUGUUUUUUCUCUGUGUUGUUUUAUCUGCUAUACUUAUUCCAGCCCAGCUAGACUCCUUGCCACUUCCUCCUACUGUUUCUAGUCUUCCCAGAUUGCCUUUUCCUCUUAAUUGCUUCCUAUCUAUGUUUGAUCUGCCAUUCAAAUCUUACUUUUGCUGAGUUCCUCUCUUCUUCUCAUCCCAUAUAUUGGUAUUUAUUGCUUUUGGCAUUUAUUGCUUUCUUGUUUGUGUGGUGGUUAUUUCUUUACAUGUCUAAUUUCGUGUGCUGUAUUAUAGGCUUGUUAAAGGCAAAAAAUUGUACAUUGUUCAUUUGCAUCUUCUUCAUGCUGCCAAGCACACUGCCUUAUACGUAGCAGGUGCUAAAUAAACAUUUAUUGAGGCAAAGAAAUGGUGGGUUUUGUAAAAUUCAGUGCAGGUAAGAUUUGUAUGUAUCUGGAGAGCUCCAUGUCAUGAAUCAGUUAAGGGGAUAGUCAGGUUUUAAGAAUUAAAAAUCCCAAAUCAAUGACCUAAUGAUACAUCUCAAACUCCUAGAAAAACAAGAACAAGCAAAUCC